AUGGUGGCUUCAAGAGUGAGAGACUUUACUAGGAUGAACCCUCCAGAGUUUCAUGGUUCUAAAGUUGUGGAAGAUUCUCAAGAAUUUAUUGAUGAGGUCUACAAAGUCUUGAUGAUCAUGGGUGUGACGCCGGUGGAGAAGGCAGAGUUGGCUGCUUAUCAAUUGAAAUGUGUUGCUCAAGUUUGGUUCUUUCCCUUUGAGAUGAGGGAAGGCAAAGUGCUUGUGUUCAUUAACCUUCGGCAAGGAAGUUCCUCCAAUGCUCCUCCUAAGUUCAACAAAGAUUGGGUGUCUAACUCUAGGCCUCAAGGAGGGAAUGGUAGUGGAUCUUCAUUGCCUAUGUCUACUUGUACUAAGUGUGGAAGGAAGCACGAGGGUAAGUGUCUAGCCGACACAGAUGGUUGCUUUGGUUGUGGUAAAAGUGGUCACAAAAUGAGAGAUUGCCUGAUGCUUACGGGUAAAGGAAGAGAGGGAAAGCAAGAUCCUAUUAGUGGUUUGAAUUCCAAUGCUCCUAAGCAGAACUGGUUCUAUGCUGUUCAGACCCAGGGUGAGCAAUAG